GGAGCGAAAAUUAAAUAAUGAUUUAAAAAAGUUAUAAGGCUCCAUCUCCACUUCGAAGUUGCAGAGACAUUCGCCAUGGAUUCCCAAAAAUCAACACCUCUCCAAAUUCCUCUUUCCGACUCCAUGAAUUCCGAGUUCUAUGAAGUUAUUAGCUCAGGAGAUCACAACAAAUUCCUCUCUCUCAUCGCCGUCAAUCCUUCUCUCCUCGACCAAACCACGGUCUAGAAGAACACCGCGCUCCAUGUCGCCGCCGCCUUCAACCAGAAGAUAAUCGCCGAAGAAAUCACGCGGCUGCGCCCUUCGAUUCUGUACGGAACGAACUCGAAACGCGACACGGCGCUGCAUCUGGCCGCGAGGCUCGGGAGUUUCCAAGCAGCGGAGUAUUUAAUCGAAUGCGCGAAGGCGAGCGAUGGCUGUGAGGAUCUGGAAGCGGAUGAUCGGAAUAAGGAGUUGAUGCGGAUGGUGAAUUUGGAGGAGGAUACGGCGCUUCACGACGCCGUGAGGAAUGGCCAUGGCGAGAUUGCGAAGCUUCUGGUGAAGGAAUGUCCGGAACUGGUGGCGUGCGCCAACGGAGUCGGGGAAUCGCCGCUGUUUGUGGCGGUGGAGGAGGAUUAUUUGGAGAUUGCGCGGGAGAUUCUGAAAGUUGAAUCGAAUUGCUUGUACGGCGGAAGAGAUGGCGCCAAUGUGCUACACGCCAUCAUCAUUCGCACACUCAAACAAGUUAUUCGAGUGGUGUUGAACAAGUUCCCUAACAUACUAAUAGAACCGGACACUUACGAGUGGCUUCCCCUUCACUACGCAGCCAACCUCGGCUCAGAGGAACUAGUUGAACUAAUUCUAAAGCACAAACCAUGCAUGGCUUACAAGACAGACAAAUAUGGCGUCUCGCCAUUGCACUUAGCAGCCAAAGAAGGCCGCACUGCCGUCCUCAAACUCUUCGCCAAGCUCUGUCCUGAUAGCUGCGAGGUAGCAGACUUAAAUGACAGAACAGCUCUCCAUGUGGCUGUCGCCAACCGCCAGGCCUACGCUGUCCGAAAGAUGAUGGAGUUGGGCAGCUUUCGAAACCUGGUGAACCAACAGGACAAGGAUGGCAACACGCCUUUGCAUGUUGCUGCUAUUACUGGAGACUAUGUUAUAGUCAUGAUGCUGGCGGCUAAUGGGAGGGUUGACAAGAAGAUUAUGAACAAGGCUGGUUUCACUACCAAUGACAUUAUUCGAUUUAGUCCCAAGUUUAGUUGGUACGAAAAGAUGCAGUCUUUCAGCGUGGCACGGUUGGAGUUCAAUGGAGAUCUACGAGGCAUGGAACAAGUGCUUGCUAGAAAUGGCAGAAGCAACCAAUUGCUCGAAAAAGAGGAACCAAAACCAAAUGCCGCAGAACAAGAAACCAAUGGAGAGCUUGUGAAGAAAGACAGUACCAGACAGCUACAGAAGUCCCAAAUAUGGAGCGAAUUAUCCGACGCCAAUCUAGUCGUAGCGACGAUUAUCGCAACGGUAUCCUUCAGUGCCGCUUUUCAGGUUCCGGGUGGAUACAACUCCGAGGGGAAAGCGGUUCUACGAAAGGAGAAAUAUUUCAGAUUGUAUAUGAUAUCAGAUGCUCUGUCUUUUGGGUUUGCAGCGGCAUCAAUGUUUGUGACGUUUUUUACGGGAUUGUUCGGAGAGAAUUCUGGGUUCAGUUAUCCGAGAAGGUGGUGACAUUCUUAACAGGUAUCUCUGUUUGGUUUAUGGUGUUUGCAUUCAUGUUGGGGACGAGUGCAGUGAUGGCAGAACAUUCAGGGUUUGCAGGGCUGGUUCGUUCUGUGGCUUGUGUUUCCUUUAUUUGGCCUGUGGUUUUCUUAGGGGCUGUGGCAUGUUUUUUAUUUUUUUGUGUGAGAAUUAUCUGUUCUUAUCUUUAAAAGUGUGUAUUUUGCCUCUCGUUUCUCGUUUCUGCUCAUAAUUUAUUAGUUGAUAUGAUCGAGUUCUUGUUUGAUUCCAAUCUCGGCAAGUAUUCUAGAAAGAACAAGUGGUUUCAUGUAGCUACCUAUGACUCAUCUUGCCUUGUGUUAUUAGGAAAUGUCUAAGAUAUCUGACUUUCG